AAAAAAUUUCCAGUAACUCAGUGACAUAUAUAACCACUAUGUAGGAAUCAAAUAGGAAGAAGAGAAAAGCAAUAUCGCAUACUUAGCAAUGCCUCUCCUUCAGGAUCUGUUUCUCCCAACAUGCUUGGUCCUAGCAGCUUUGCUGGUAGUUUUCGGAAGGAGCAAGUCAGGCAAAAGAAAGUGUAACCUCCCACCGAGCCCUCCCAAGUUACCGAUCAUUGGCAAUCUCCACCAGCUGGGCAAGUCACCGCACAUAUCUCUCCAUCGCCUUGCGAGGAAGUACGGGCCCAUCAUGUCCUUGCAACUUGGCGAAGUCCCAACCAUAGUCGUUUCCUCGGCUGCGAUGGCCAAGGAGGUGAUGAAGACCCAUGACCUAGCGCUUGCGAACCGGCCCCAGACCUUCUCCGCCAAGCACUUGUUAUACGACUGCACGGACAUGGCCUUCUCUCCCUAUGGCGCUUAUUGGAGGUACAUAAGAAAAAUUGGCAUACUCGAAUUGUUUAGCGUGAGAAGGGUUCAGUCAUUUAUUCAUGUCAGGGAGGAAGAAGUUGCUCGUUUAGCUCACCGGGUGGCAAAGUCUUGUCCGGGCACCAUAAAUCUAUCUAAACUACUCAUGUUAUACACGAAUAACGUUCUUUGCCAGAGUGCUUUUGGGAGGGACUUUUCAGCAGGAGGGGACUAUGAUAAGCAUGGGUUUCAAAAGAUGCUGGAGGAGUUUCAGGAGCUGCUUGGGGGAUUCAACAUAGGAGAUUUCUUUCCUUCCUUGGAAUUCAUCAAUAGCCUGACCGGGAUGAAAUCUAGACUUCAACACACUUUUAAGUGCUUCGAUCGUUUUUUUGAUGAGAUAUUGAGCGAACAUUCGAACGAAAGCAAAGCCACGGAGGCACAUCAUGAUAUUGUGGAUGUUUUGAUCGAUAUCGAGAAGAAUGGUUACGGUGAUAUGCCCCUUACAAGGCCCAACAUCAAAGCUCUCCUCCUGGAUUUUUUUGCAGGAGGAACGGAUACAACAUUCAUAACUCUUGACUGGGCAAUGACAGAGCUUGUCAUGAAGCCAAAAGCUAUGGAAAGAGCGCAAGCAGAACUGCGAAGCGUGGUUGGAGGGAGAAAUUCCGUGCAAGAGGCAGACCUACCUCAGUUGCCAUACUUGAAGGCUAUCAUCAAGGAGGUGUUUCGACUGCAUCCCCCUGCUCCAAUGUUAGUCCCAAGAGAAUCUAUGGAGGACAUAACCAUCGACGGAUACUGCAUUCCGGCAAAAACUCGUUUCUUCAUUAAUGCUUGGUCGAUAGGGCGUGAUCCGCAGUCCUGGGUCGAUCCUGAAAAAUUUCUACCAGAGAGGUUUCUGGAUAGCACCAUCGACUUCAAGGGACAAGACUUCGAGCUGAUACCAUUUGGCACGGGCCGAAGAAGCUGCCCAGCUAUUGCAUUUGGAAAUGCCAGUAUUGAGAUUGCUUUAGCUCAGCUUCUUCACAGUUUUGACUGGCAACUUCCUCCUGGUGUCCAACCAAAAGAUUUGGAUAUGGAUGAAGCUUUUGGCAUCACAAUGCAUAGGAUCGAAAACCUCGUCGUCGUCGCCAAACCCCGCUUCUCCUAGACAACGGUGAACAACAGACAAGCCAACUGAAAAUCUCCUCUUCAACUUGGAAACAUUAUCCCUAGGCUUUUGCUUGUUAUAGAAGCCUAGAAAGAAGAAGCUAGAGAUGUUUUUAAGUGUCGUCUAUGUUUUAUAAA